CACUGAGCCGGAGGCAGCGCCGCCCUCCGCAGCGCGCAGCAGCUCCGCGUCAACGCAGGAAAUUUAAACAGAGCUCCUCCGUCCAGCCGCAGACACGCAUCUCCCCGCUCCAAGGUCACCGAGCCGGCAGGACGAGAACGCCCCUCCGUUCCCCUCCACAAGCGUUGAGGUGGGACAGCGAUGCCGCCUCCAGCCGCGAGUCCUCCAGCCGUGACCCCACCGGACGGCGGGUGGGGGUGGGCCGUGGUGUUUGGGUCAUUCAUCUCCAUCGGCUUCUCCUACGCCUUCCCCAAAGCCAUCACGGUGUUCUUCAAAGACAUCCAGAUCAUCUUCAACGCCUCCUACAGUCAGAUCGCAUGGAUCUCCUCCAUCAUGCUCGCCGUCAUGUACGCUGCAGGUCCCAUCAGCAGCAUCCUGGUCAACAAGUACGGCUGCAGACCCAUCGUCAUGAUGGGAGGCUGCCUCUGCGCCACCGGGAUGAUCUUAGCUUCCUUCUGCAACGACGUGCUGCAGCUUUACAUCUGCAUCGGCGUGAUCGGCGGUCUGGGACUUGCCUUCAACCUGCAGCCAGCGUUGACUAUGAUCGGAAAGUACUUCUUUAAGAAGCGUCCCAUCGCUAACGGACUGGCGAUGGCCGGUAGUCCGGUCUUCCUCAGCACUCUGGCUCCUCUGAACCAGUAUCUGUUCAACAACUUUGGCUGGAGAGGCAGCUUCCUGAUCCUGGGUGGCCUGCUGCUCAACACCUGUGUGGCCGGAUCCCUCAUGAGGCCGCUGGGUCCGUCGCCCAGCAAGGUGAAGAAGGACGAAGAGCUGGCGGCCGUCACCACCACGACGAAGGAGAAGCGCACCGCCUGGCAGAUCAUCAACAAGUACCUGGACCUGACGCUGUUCAAGCACCGUGGCUUCCUCAUCUACCUAUCGGGCAACGUCAUCAUGUUCCUGGGCUUCUUCGCGCCCAUCGUCUUCCUCGCCGCCUACGCCAAAGACAUGGGCGUGGACGAGUACUCCGCUGCCUUCCUGCUCUCCAUCCUGGCUUUCGUUGACAUGUUCGCCCGACCUUCCAUGGGGCUGUUGGCCAACUCACGAUGGAUCCGGCCCAAGAUCCAGUACUUCUUCAGCUUUGCGGUGCUGUACAAUGGGGUGUGUCACAUCCUCUGUCCACUGGUGGAAAACUACACCGGCCUGGUGGUGUAUGCGGUGUUCUUCGGCUUCGCCUUCGGGAUGGUCAGCUCAGUGCUGUUUGAGACGCUGAUGGACCUGGUUGGAGCUCAGAGGUUCUCCAGCGCUGUUGGACUCACCACCAUCGUAGAGUGCUGUCCGGUUCUCAUCGGUCCACCACUAGCAGGUAAACUGGUCGAUGUCACCAAAAAUUACAAGUACAUGUAUUUCUGCUGCGGCGCCGUCGUCAUUCUGGCCAGUAUUUGGCUCUUCAUUGGAAACUUCAUCAACUACAGACUCUUGGAACGUGAGCGAAAGCAUGCGGAAAUGUACAAACGGACUGAGACGGAAGAUCCGGACCAAGUUCAGGAUCAGAAGGAGGCGGACGGGGACGCCCAGGCCCUCGAAGAUCUGACUGACAAUAAAGAAGAGGAACCUAUGCAGCGGGAAACCAACAUCUAGAUCGAUCUGCUCUGCCAACGGCUCGACUGGAGGAACACCACGAUCAAAAAGAGCCCCAAGCUAAGAGGUGCCUCCCGGUGUUCCACAAGGCUUGAUUUGAGGUCCUCUGUUCUUCUGUAAAAUUAACUGCCAAAGCUAAAAUUGUGUUUUAGGGUGUUGUGAGGCAUGAAAUCUGUUUGUCAGUCAGUGACAAUGACAGAAAUAAUGACCAGAGAGUAAAGUGUAAGAUACUGUAUGCAUGCGAAGAGGCUAAAAGUCAGAAAAUAUCAGUGGAAACCACUAAAGUACUAACUGUGUUUUCUUUUUUGCCACGUUCACUUCAUAUCGGAUAUACUGUAAAGACUGCAACAGGGGGCACUUAGCAUCAAGAUGUGGGAUUAUUAUAGCAGCAAAUCCACAAAUCUUGGUAGAUAAUUAGGAAAUUAGUUGCUUAUCUCCACACAAACUCCUGACUGCAGCAACAAAUCAUUCAGUUUUUUUUUCCUACUAUCUUCUCCGAUAUGACGUGAAUGGAAAAUCAGUGUGUUCCAACAGCACCAGCAAACUGAAUCGACAAGUUCAGCAUCACUCUUCUUCACAAUAUACUUAGUAAAGAAAUGUUACGUUAACCCUUUGAACCACAAACAGUUUCUGCACAAUUUUAAAUUUUUUUUUGUCACGUUUUUUGUUCACUGUGGGUUCAUUUUUCACUGCAAUAUAAAGUUCUGCACCUCUAUGGAAACAACACAACCACGACUAGAAAUAGAAAAACUCAGAAAUAUCUUGUGUGCAGUAUGACAAAGUUAUAAUGGCAGAAAUCAUAAAAUCAAAAAAAUCUAAAUGUUGAUUAUUUAUUUUACAAAAAUUGAAAAAACCUGGAACUACUAUGUAUAACAUUUUUCCAAAUAUUGGAAAAAAGUGUUGCUCUACAGUACAUAAUAUAGAUGUUCUACUACUUACAUGUUAUAUGUGGAGGCUGCACAGUGGCUCAGUGGUUAGCACUGUUGCCUUGCAGCUAGAAGAUCCCUGUUUCAUGUCUCCGCCUUCCUGGGAUCUUCCUGCAUGGAGUCUCCAUGUUCUCCUCUACAUGUGUGGGUUCUCCAGGUUCUCCAGCUUCCUCCCACAGUCCACAAACAUGCUGAGGUUAAUUGGUGAUUCUAAAUUGUCUGUAGGUGUGAAUGUGAAUGUGAUUACUGGUCUCUAUGUGUAGCCCUGUGAUAGACUGUUACCUACCCAGGUGUCUCCUGUCUUCACGCUCAUUCAGCUGAGACAGACUCCAGCCUCCCAUGACCCUGAUGAGGAUUAAGCGGUGGGUAGAUGAUGGAUGGAUGGAUGUUACAUGUGUUUCCAUACUGGUCAGCUAUCUCUGUUGUGUAAACACUGCCUGUAGUUCAAGCUAAAAGUCCUGAAUUUUUGUUAUGUGACUGUUGGUUGCAGGUGACACACUAAUGACUCUACAGUUGAAAUGAAGAGUGCAGAAUUUUUUCUUUUUUACAGAAUUUGAUUAAUGCAAAAGACUUAUUUUUAGCAAAUUUUUAAGAGAGACAUGAAGAAUAACGUAAAUUUGAUGAGUAGUUCAGAGACUGUUGGAAAGUUGAAAAUCCGAUGAUAUUUUUCGUUUUUACAGUUUCUUGCUGUGCUAAAUGGUGUAAUUCUGGAUUUCUAUUUAAAGUUAAUAUGCCUUUCCAACCCGCCGGCGGGUUUUGGGGUUCAGAGGGUAAUAGUAAACAGAGGCAUUUCUUGGUGGUUAAAGAAGACAUUACUGUCACUUUAAGGUCACUGGUUUCAUGCAAGCAACAGCCAGCGUCCUUCAUUGGUGGGUUAGGGUUAGGGCCGGGGAGACUGGGGGAAGCUCUAAAGUCCCCGCCUCCAUGAACUCCGAACAGAUGUGCUCACAGCUGGUGACGGCCGCCCGAGCACUGCGUAGUAAAAACCUGCACCAACGUCCCACUUUAACACUUUCCAUCAAGUCAUUAAAUGCUGCAUUAACUGUCCUGGGUUCCAUAUUGUCGUUCUCACACACAGUAAAAUUGGCCACACUUCACCCAAACAUCUUUAGAAAACUGCUGCAAUUCAGUGAAUUUAAUUAUGGUUGAAUGUAAUUUCCUCUGUGGGCCUUAAUGAGGUAUUAAUGACCAAAAAAACCAUCUGCAUAAUGGUGGUUUUCUACACACAGAGCCCAUGAGCAAUAUUCAGAUAUACAGGGAAAUGUAUUUCUAGUGGCCAGUGACCGUCCAUUUUGUGAUACAUUGCCUCAAAUGUAACGUAGAAUGAGGGGGGAGUUGUACAGUGAAUAGUGUUAAAUGAAGCUCUGUGUUAAAUGUGACCCAUUAUUUUUGUUGUGAUUAACUUCAAAACUCAUGACAAAUCAGCAUAAUCUUGUUCCGUGGUGUCUGUCAUGAACUAAAUAACGUUAACUAACACCCAGUAAAUUAAAUCUGAAGGAAUAGUACUAAUUAAUGAAUGCUAAUUGAUUCUACAUGUAUUGUGUGAUCUUAAAUAUACUGGAUGUCACGUCUGUUGGCUAUAAAUGUUCAAUAUUCUCUGCAUUCCACAUGAUCAUUUUCUGUAAAUGUCACCCUGCUUGUGCUUUUUUUCUUUUUUCUUUUUUUGUUGGUAAAACUAAAUUUUCAAAGCAAUUGUGAACAAAAACACCCAAAUAGUUUUUCUUCCUCUUUGCAUUUGAAUAAUUCCCAAUCAUGAAAAUCUAGCUGUGACACAACAAAUUGCCGUUUAUUGAAUGUGUGUGAAUACUCUUUUUUUUUUUUUCUUUUAAAAGAUUUGCACAUUAUAUCGUUUGCAUUUUGGGAUGAUUUUUUGACUCAUUCUCCCAAAAUGCACCUGGCUCACCAGCAUUUCAUGCAAUUGUCAGACAGCGUUUUUGUAUUUUCAUGUUUAAUGAGUAAUAUCGUGACUGUUCUCGCUGUUUUUUUCAUGUCACUGUGCUCACUGAUGAUUCUCUAUGAGGGAAAUCGACUGCUGUACAAUCACUUUCUACCAAAUUACACUGCCCCCUGCUGGUUUCACACCACCCAAGACCAAAAUGCAAAAGAAAAGCCAGGCUUCCGUUUUUCAGCAGGAGUGCAAGAGAAUAUGCAUGUUAUUUUCAGGUUUUUCCGGGUGGUUAAACGUCAACUUGAAUGGCAUCUUUUAGUAUUUCAAUGUUGAAGUCUUCAAAUAGAACAAAUACGGAGUGUUUUAGUUGCACAUAGUGUAUAAAUGACGUCAUAUUUUCCUUAUAAUCAGAAACUAAGCAGUAAAAAGUGCAGAAAAUGCAACAUCUGCAGUUCAAGGAAUCAAAAGCUGACUGGAAAAAUGAUUCGAGCACGAGAAACCACAUCUAUGCUUUAAAAUAUGAAAUCUGUGAUAUGAUAGAUAACAUGCUUGAAAAUGUAUAAUAAGAUGUUCUCCUAAAUAUAUAUUAUUAUGUUUUAUUCUAAUAAGGAAAAGAAAUUAGUUGUAAUUACAUGCACCGAUAGCCUUAUAAAUUAAACUGCUUAGCACCUCAUACGGUAGAUUUCUUUCUUUUAAUGUGUGGAUAUUUAGAUUUAUUUUGAGGUUUGCUUAAGACCAAAUUUAGCUGAGAGGCUCCAUUAAAUAUGAAUAUUUAACAAUAUUCCCUCCUCUUGGGUUACUUUGUAGGCACCUGUUGCUAAAAAAAAUGUUCACUUUAGUUUGUUUGCAGCAUAAUUUAUUUUUCCUGGUGUGGAAAAUCAAUGCGCAGACUGGAAUAGAUGUCACUUUACUGUUAGAUAUGCAGGGUUGAACUGAAUUUAUCACUUUAUGAAAGCAACUGCAGACUGGAGUUUGGAACCAAAUUAAAUUAUCUGGUUUUGGAAAUACAUGUUCUUGGCCUGAAUGUACUGCAAUUAAACUGAAUGUUGAGAUUUGAGAAAUUGAAACUGAAUUUUCGCAUUCAAAACUCCAUUGGAAAAAUCUGAAUUUUUAAGAAACACAAUCAGAAUUCCAAUCUGCAGAACGUUUUAAUGAUCUGUUAAUGGAAGUACAUGCUCUGGACCUGAAUGUUGUGCAAUGAAAUUAAAUGGUGAACUUAAAGAAAUUGAAACAGAAUUUUCACAUUCAAAACUCAAUUCAGAAAAAGCAGCUUUUUCAAAAAUCAAUCAAACUGAAUUCCAAUCUGCAGGAUAAAAUCCUCCAACACAUGUUUUGUGCUCUCCUUCCGUCAUCUGGACGUUAGAUGACAGCGUGUGUUGGUGCUGAUCGUAUACAGGUUGUUUUGCUACUGGGAGGCUGAAGGAUUUUAACAUCUCUGGCUGUUAAGCUAACUGUGCCUUAUUGUGCUAAAACUCACCAUGAUGAACAUGAACGCUGGUGUCAUGACACUUCCUGUCCUCGCUCGAGCUGUUUGUAUUUUUACAAAUCACUGCGAUGUUGUUUAUUUUUCUGUAAAUGGUUGACUUGCGUAACUGCAUAUCAAGAAUAACUCCAACUUUAAACCACGUACGAUCAAACGUGAUGAUCAAAUGAUCAAUGUGUAGCAGCGAGUCUAAAUAAUUAUUCAACAGUGUGUGUUUUUGUGUAAAUUCUGUGGAAUUGAACACACGUCUAGGAUGCAGAUAUUUUGUGUGCGUUUAAGGGCAGUUGUGUUCAGUAGUGAGUCCUUCCAGUAGCAGACGUACUGUGUGCUUUCUCAUCAGGGCAACUUUCACUUCAGAUUGUGUCAGUCUUUACUACCUCUGCAGCUGUCACAGUUUGGGGGAAAAGAAACCACACGGGUAGAGAAAACUUAAUUAUGUUUUUGUAAUUCUGCUAUGACAAUAUCACCUAUCACUGUAGCCGAAUAAAGUAUAUAUCCAAGUGAA